AUGCCCAUGGUUGAACUGGAUUCUUAUAUAUCAUCGUUUGAUAAAACGUCAAAAUCUAUCCAGGAAAAUGACGGACGCGAACAAAUGUUCUACAACUGGAGAUCAAAAAUAAUUGAAUAUUCAGGUAAUGUAGAAGAACUUGUAAUUGAUGUUUCCAGAGGCGUUGAAAAGGAUUUUCAAGAUUUAAAAGUAUGUGGUGGCGUUUCGAUGAUCAUUCCAUUUCUACCGCGUGGUGCGCAUACAAUUGUUAUGGAUUAUUUUGUGAGUAAAUAUGAUCAUCCAUCUUUUGGUUUUAAAUUGAAUCAGUCGGCUUCAAUGGAAGGAGCUUUUCUGAAUCAUAUAACACAUGUUCAAAAGUUAUAUUAUCAAAUAUAUAAUGAAAACGACUACGUAUUCGAUUUCCCAAAUAAAACGAACACUCGAGAUGUUGCAUCAAUAAUAAUUAACAUGACAAGAUUACAGUUGUUAAUUGAUAAAGCUUUGGAAGACAUGCAGCCAUAG